AUGAAGUUACAACUCAACACAUCACCUGUAACACAACAUGAAAUUACAACUCAACAUAUAAUCUGUAACAAACAGAAGAUACACAAACAAACAAAAGACACACAAACAAGAGAUACACAAGCAAGAGAUACACAAACAGGAGGUACACAAACAGGAGGUACACAAACAGGAGAUACACAAACAGAAGACAAAAAAUACACAAACAGAAGAUACACAAACAGAUACACAAAAAAAACAAAAGAGAUACACAAACAAACAAGAGAUACACAAACAAGAGGUACACACAUAAGAGAUACAUAA